AUGUCAGCUGCAACGCCGCCGCCCGCUCCCACAAAUGGCGCUGUCUCCAAGGAGAUGACGAGCAAGGACUACUACUUCGACUCGUACUCGCACUUCGGCAUUCAUGAGGAGAUGCUCAAGGACACCGUGCGUACCAAGGCGUACAUGAACGCCAUUCUACAGAGCAAACACCUCUUCAAGGACAAGGUCGUCCUGGACGUUGGUUGUGGCACCGGCAUUCUCUCGAUGUUUGCUGCCAAGGCUGGAGCCAAGCACGUAUAUGGCGUCGACUGCUCGGGUAUCUUGACUCAGGCACGUGAGAUCGUCAAGGCUAACGGUUUCGCCGACAAGAUCACGCUUAUUCAGGGCAAGAUGGAGGAGCUUACACUUCCUGUGGACAAGGUUGAUAUCAUCAUCUCGGAGUGGAUGGGCUACUUUCUGCUUUACGAGUCCAUGCUGGACACGGUACUCUACGCCCGUGACAAGUACCUGGUGCCUGGUGGCCUCAUGUUCCCGGACCAUGCCACACUCUACAUCGGUGCCAUUGAGGACGGCGAGUACAAGUCCGAGAAGCUCGAAUUCUGGGAGAACGUGUACGGAUUCGAUAUGAGCUGCAUCAAGGAGAUCGCCAAGGUAGAGCCACUGGUCGACACGGUCGGCACCGACGCUCUAUUGACCGAUGUGUGCCCGAUUCUGGACAUUGACCUGACCAAGGUCACAAAGGAAGAGCUGGCUUUCUCGUCUACAUUCAAACUGACUGCUUUCCGUCAGGAUUUCUGCCAUGCGCUGGUGGCUUACUUCGACUGCACGUUCUCAGCAACACACAAGAAGCUGAGCUUCUCCACAGGACCCAAGGCCAAAUACACGCACUGGAAACAGACCGUGUUCUACCUGGAAGGUGAACUUGCUUGUAACCCUGGCGAGAUCAUUGAGGGUGAGCUGACGUGCAAGCCCAAUGCAGCCAACCCUCGCGACCUGGACAUUGACAUUAACGUUCGCUUCGAUGGCGGCAGCGGUUCAUACAACCAGCUGCACGAGUUUAAGCUGCGCUAA